CCGGCAGUAUUAAGAAUAGUUGGACUUGGAGAGCUCAAUGAUGGAGCAAAAGCAAACGAAGAAUGCAAAAGGAGAGAGAUGAGUAGAGUCGUUGGACUAGGAGAGAAAGGAAACAGUGCCCAGCGCCAUCUCUGUAUCAAACAAUAUUCGUAGGCUCUGUUUCCCUUCCCAGCGAUGGCGGACGGCGACGAAAUGGAACAACGUCGGCGGGUAAGGACCCACUAUUCGUCGGAUCAAGAAAUACUGUUGGUCGGCGAAGGGGAUUUUUCAUUCACUGUGUCUUUGGGUCUCGCCUUCGGCUCCGCUUACAAUAUCGUCGCUACCUCUCUUGACACCUUCGACGAGUUGACGAAGAAAUACAAAACAGUAGGAUGGAACUUAGAAGUGCUGAGAAUGUUGGGAGCUCAGGUCUUCCAUGGAGUGGAUGCAACCAGAAUGAAGCUUCUCCCUGACUUGUGUAUGCGCAAGUUUGAUCGCAUCAUUUUCAACUUCCCCCACGCAGGGUUUCACGGAAAGGAAGACGAUCCCCGCCUGAUCAGAGAGCACGUGAAACUAGUGCAUGGGUUCUUCAGGAAUGCAUCAACCAUGCUACGACUUGAUGGAGAAGUACAUGUCACCCACAAAACUUCAAAACCGUAUUCUGACUGGAACAUCAUAGGCCUUGCUUCCAAGAGCCUUUUGGUCUUGCAUGAUCAAGUUGAUUUCGAGAUGAAAGAUUAUCCUCGUUACAACAACAAGAGAGGAGAUGGAAAGAGGUCCGACGAGCCAUUCCGGCUUGGCGAUUGCAGCACCUUCAAGUUCAGAUUGGAUCCCUCUCUUGCAACGCAGCAGCCAAGGUAUCAACAUUAUCAGGACGAAUUGACCAAGCUGCAGUAUCAUCAUCCAACUUCCACAGCUCAUGUUCUUAUGAGCAGUGUUGGAGGCCAUGAUGGUGGACUCUUUGACCCUCACUUGCCAGCAAAAGCUGGACAUCUUAUCGCUACAGAUUAUAUUGUUCCUGAAGCACCACGGCCACUGCCGCGUUGGCCUUACUCUGGCGGAGGUACUCUUACUGGGGGUGGAGGAACUCUGUUGGAUGUUGAAUAUCAACGGAAGAUGAAGUCAAGAUGGCGACUGAUGGUAUAUCUUCACGGCCAGGAGAGAGGAGGAUACUGAUCUGAAUUUUGGUUGUGGGAACCUUGAAGAAUGUUGAUGAUCAGCAGUGGAGGGGUUGAAGUCACUCUGGUGCAUCUUUUAUGAGAGGCAGUUGCUGACCAGCUGAUCUGAUCAAUGCGAACCAUAUGGCAUCUCAAGAACUAUAUUCUCUUGUUGGCGUUGAUUUCUCCUCUCUAUUUGUAUCUUUGCUUUCCUUAGUUUCUUCUCUAAAAUACAAGAAAGAAAGUAACAGUUUGCAACUUUGCUACAGAGAGAACAAACGUAUGCAU